AUGGGCAGCGAGGCCCCUGGGAUGGGAGGACCUGACGGAAAGAACAAGAGGCAGGGAAUGGUGAAAGUGCUAGUUGAUGGCGUGUUGGGUUGGAUUGGGGAGGUCAGUAAAUUAGCGGGUUGGGGCGGGCGGAGGGAGGAGAGGGGAUUCUAG